GAAAAACGACCUCGUCUAGUGUGCUUUUCAUGAUUUUUACAUUUACAAACAUGGUCAAGAAUAUCAAUUUUCAACAUCAUUUGACGAAAAUACUAACACAAUCAUCAUGAGCUACGUUUGGAGUUCUCGACAGAUCUACACUUUUUUCCCGAGUAGAACGAGAAGCCCAUACAUCCUUGCUCUCGUCUGAAAUCAAUAACAAAAAAAAUGCGUAGAGUGCUACCCAAACGCGCCGGCUUGAAUGCCAACAACGUUCCAUCAGGAGCUCCGAGUGCUUCCCAGAUUUCUGACGAUGGCUUGUCCGAUGCUGGGAGUGUGUAUUCUACCGCCAGCCGCCUAGCUGUUGCGCCGAAACGUCGGCUGUUGCCAUCUGUCAAGCGACAGACCGCGGGUCCGUCUCAAGUCGACCACAAGCCUCCAGUCCCAGCUGGAAGUGUAAGUGCAACCCAGGAAGAGUUUUUCGCAACUGCAACGGAACAAAGUCAAGCCGAUGUUCUUGACGAAGAUGGAGCUGCGAGUGAGGCUAGUGUUACGAGUAGCGUUUUUGGAGGUACUGGGACCGCUAAGUCCAUAUCUGGUACUUCUGUGCAACCUCGUCCUGGUCCACGAAGGAGAUUGCUUGUAACACGACGGCCGCCUGUAGUUGGAAGUGGAACUACAGGAGCGCCGGGUAAUACAGGUCGUGGUGGCUCCUAUACGAGUACCAACACAACAGGUUCGCUUGCUGGUCUGGGCCCAGCUGCAUCUGGGACAACCACGCCAUCUUCUAGUCUCUCUAGACCUUUUGUUCUUCAACAAAGUACAACUGCCAGUGCCUCUUCAAGAACGAACACCGCUGAUGUUCUUGCAGAAAAGCCUCCUGCGAAGGCUCUACUUGUUCUAGGCGAUUCUCAAACUGGACAGUCCUCGUCGCAACCCACCAGUUCUUCGCAACUUGUACCUCCGCAAGAUGAGCAUAAGACUCUUCAACAAAAAGGCACUACGGAAGCGCCGCCGUCUUCUAUCGAAGCUCCAUCGACUCCAGCUCCAGUCGCAGUCCCUCCAAGUCCUGCGUCAUCCGUUUAUUCGAAUGCCACGUCAACACGUGCCAGAUUUGUUGCUCCAAAGCGAAGGUUGUUGCUAUCUAGCAAGACACUCGGAUUGACUACACCUACGACCACCGCUGGACAGCAAUCUAGUGGUACGACGGCACGAGUGAGUGUGGGCGGUAGCGGUUUGGGUUCUUCAACAGCAUCUUGUUCCAGUAAAGCUACUUUCUCGAGGACGACGUCUGCACCACCUUCAUCUGCAAAACAAGUAGGACCGGCAACACCUGCGACAACGGCACCUCCUUCUUCGACAGGAGUUCAGUCGUCAAUGAUCAUGACAGCAGCUGGGACUCCUUCAGGUGGAGCUGUGCUGACCUUGCCAUCGCAGAUAGAAGUAGACGUCACAUCAGUGUCGAAGUCGCAGGUAGAAGAUGUCACGACUGUUUCGCACAACAAGGGUGAAAUACAACUACCACCACAACAAGAACCAUCUCCACCUAGUACAGCUGUCAACAUUAGCAUUACUCCGCCAGCAAAGGAACUACAACAGAUCAAUCCCGCAACGGCGUCCUUGAAGGAUGCUUUGUUUUCGCAUCCUAUUGGUUCUCUGGCUGGCAAGACUAUUCCGGAAAUAGACGUAGCCUCGAAGUCUAAUUUGAUGGAAGCAACGCCAGCUGAGGAGACGAAGGCAGGAGAAGUUCAGGAGAUGGAAGAUAUGAAACCUUCUAAGUCAGAUGUGGUUAUUCCGUCAUCGAAGAGUCCAGCAGCGGCGGUAGAGGAUGCAGUCCUCGCAAAUAUUACUGGUUGUACUGCUGCUGCGCCACCACCUGCACCUAAGACGAACAUUAAUACGACUCCCGCGGAGCCAGAAGCUUUUAGAGAUGUUGAUCCACCACCUGCAGCUGCAAUGAAGGUAUCCUCGAGUACUACAACCAGUGAGCCUACAACCAGUGUUGAGCGGCCACCUGCCUCCCCAGAGCAGCCUGAUGUGCCUGUGGUCGUCCACCCAGCCGUUCCUUCGACAUCUUCGACUUCGUUGAAGUUGAACAUCACUGCACCUUCACCUAUUCCGCCCUCGCAAAAUGAUGAUGCAGUGAGCGAUGCCGGAAGUGUUGUUUCCGUCGCAGCGUCGUCUGUCGUCGGCCGACGUAGGCUGCCAGUUCGACGCCUCGGAGGUGGUGCCAGUACUACUACAUCAGCUGCAGGAGGUGCGGGAAACGCACUACUAGGACGUACUUUGAAGUCGUUUGGACCGCGUGAAACUUCUACAACAGCAUCUUCGAACAACUCAAUUGGCACAGGUGCAGGCGCAGGUGUGGCCGCAUCCUCUUCGUCAACGGCAGGUGGUCCUCCGCGCUUGUUAGGUGCACCUCCAAGUAAACUACCGCUUGGCACACCUGGGCGUCUUGGAGCAAGGACGCCACUUGUCGGAACUACGCCUGUCAACAAUACGAAUGCCCCAGAGUCUCGUGCGACGUCUGUCAAUAAUACGAAUGCAAGUGCCGUUUCUAGUGGUAGUAGUUCUAGUAGUACGAAUGCCCCAGCUCCCACUCCUGCUUCCCAGGCUGGUGCUGGAGGUCAGCCUACACCUCUAGCUGCACGAGGCCUACUUGGCGCAACGACUCCAGGAGGUGCUUCCCUACGUAAUUUGGGCACCUUGCCACCAGCUGGCGGCUUUUUUCCUCGACAACGACGUGACAGCACUUCUAGUGUAGCCUCCAGUGUGAUGAGCCGUCAGACAGUUGGUUCAAGACGGCCUCUGGUUUCUACGGCAAAUCGAUUCAAAGCACAGCAAUUCAACAAGCCAAAGUUGUCUCACAAGGAUGUUUGUGGAUUUAGAGUGAAAGUGGAGACGACCACUACGGAAGUGGAAGUUCCUCACGGAGCCACUAGCAGUUCUUCUGGUGCUGCUGGUGAAGCGCAAGCAGCAGUUGCUACUUCUACUGGAACUACUUCUGCUACAGCUGGACCAGCUGAAACUACAGCAGGCACUAGUGUGGCUACGACCACAACAACUACUACCUCACACACCGUGUCCUUUCAGAAACUCCUCACAGAAGAGGAAAUCGCCGAUGAAGAAGAUGAACAUCCUGUGUUCACAGUUGCGCCUUCUGCGUUUGAUUUUUGGCGUAAAAAGUAUCCCCAUCUGAAACCCAAACUCUUCAUAAAACAAGUCCUCGAACCGUUCAACGACGAUGAGAAAUUUGAGUUCAAAGAAGGGAGAUUUCUGCGAGCAGCGUUGCUGGAAUUGGGAGUCAGCGUAGAACACGACUUAAUUGGAUUAGGUAUUCCGCAGAGGCUGCUGCAGAAACCUUUGGUCUGGACAAGAGCUGACACGUUUGAGAACGAGCUUGUGAGGCUGGCACCAGUCCCGGAACCGAAGGUGAAGAAGCAACGAGCAGAAAAGAAAAAGAAAGAGCCAGUGUAUGACGAAAACGGAAACCUGGUAGUGGCUGCGAAAAAGCCGAGAACGCGCAAAGCGAAAGCGAAAUCGAAGCUAGACGCUUGUCCUUCCGUUGAGACCGGCGCAGAAGGCAAGAAGGGCAAAGCUGGACGUCGAUUGCUAAAGAAGAAAACAGAGAAGCCCGCUGACGAUAGCAAAACUACUACGGAAGCUGGUGCAGCUGGUGCUGGAGGCGAAGAUGGAAAAGGAGAUGCAUCAUCUUCUGCAGACGAUGAAGGCACUACUUCGGAAUCGCCAGCAUCUAGUUCCUCAAACUCUGCUUCGUAUUACGACAGCGAUUCUCAAGAUUUUUCACCCUAUGGAGGUCGCCUUGACCCUCUAGUUGUGAAGAAGAACCUGACAACUGGGCGAGUAGACGGAAAGGUUGAAAUAGAGGGUCAAAACGAUGGUAUGCAGAACCAGGCUACUACUUCAUUAGUGCUACAACAACAACUUCCUAUCACCACAACCACAACAGGAGACGAUAAAACUAAAGCAAGUGCUGCUACCACGACAUCAGCUUUAACUGUAUCAUCCGCUCCACCAGGUCCAGACGAUGCAGGAGCAGCGAUGAAAUCAAUGGUACUAGCUCCUGCUGAUCCGCCUGUAGAUGUCGGCGAUGUGCGCGAGCAUGAUGAAGAAAACUCUUCCGACUGUCCUCCUGAAAAUGACGACUUUCGUGAUCUCGAACCUAGCCCUUUUGGUGACGUUGGACUUCUUGUGGGGAGAAACUGUAGUCGACUCAUUGAGAUUGAAGAUCAAGAUAGAGCAGAUGAAGAUAAUAUUACUCCUAAUAAACCGGCCGUUGAACAAGUUGAACACCUUUUACCACUGGAGGAUGUUGCCAUUCAAAAACAGCCCCAGAUGUCAGUGGGAGAACUUCCUAUUGUUCUCGUGGACAAGCAACAGCUACAGCAUGAUGAUGGUGACGAAUCAGGAGCACUAGCUGCAUCAACAUCUGAGUCAAAUACAUGUCUCGAGCGGAAGGCAGCAAAGCGCGCUUUUUAUGCCAAGAAAAAGCAGAAGGAACGCGAAAAGCAGGAACAGGAAAAACAGCUUGCACAGAGGCUAGCUCUUGCGAGUCGUGAGCGUCUUCUCAUGGUUGAACAGCUUCAGCAAUGGAAAAAUCUUGCUGCUGCAGAGAGGAAGAAAGGUGGAGUAGAUGGACAGAACAAUUAUACUUUCACGACGAGCAGUAGUUCCAGUUCUGGCACUACUGCUAAUGCUGCAGCUCCUGCUGGAGCAGCACGAGGAGGAAAAGGAGGUCAGCAAAAGAAGCAGGACAACAAGAAAGCGAAUGCUUACACUUCUAAGUGUUGUACUUUGGAUCCUAAGAAAUUUGGUAAGAUAACCUACGGGGGCGACUCGAAAAUGCACCAGAUGGAAGAGGAAAAAGGCUGGGUCCAACACCGCAGUGUGUUGAGCAUCCUCACAGAAGAUAGUAGCGAGUUACGAAAUGCAGCUAGUGCUUUGAGGAAAGAACAGCGUGAAGAGGAGAAGAACCGCAUACAACGAAAGUCAGGUUCAGUUCAAGCAGGAGUUGGAAAGGCGACAGGAGUAACCGCUGUUGGGGGAGAGGUCAUUGAGCUACUAUCUUCUGACGAAGAGAAAAAGGACGAGAAAGAAAAGGAAAAGAUAAAGAAGAAAGACGAGAAAAAGGACAGCAAGAAGAACUCUACUUCUAGUGCAGAUAAGACUGACAAGGAAACGCUUCAGAAACAGAAUAACGAAAAGAAACAGUCAGGAGAUGCCGUUGGUGACAAGAACAAGGAGGAGCACAAGGACAACAAGACGAAGAAGAACAAGGCGUCAUCCUCUGGUGAUAGGGCUACGAAGAACAAGGUGAAAGACAAAUCGUCUGGUGAUAUCAACAAGAAGGUCAAAAAGGGAGACUCUAAGGCAGAAAAAGCCAAGAAAAAGGAUAUGCUGACGCCUGAAGAACGGUCUGCGCAGAAAAGUCAGAAACUUAUAGAACGUCUCAGAAACAACCCCACAGCUACUUCCCCUCUCGACAGGGAGAACAAAGACGUCAAGGACCUAUUGAUGUUGUACCUCAAGCAAACUAGGGACAAAGCAGUGGCAGAACAAAAACCCUUCUAUGUCAAACAAGCUACAGAGGUGUUUUACAGGAAUUUUAGUAGCUUUAUUUCUCAACCUCAAGCUCAAGAAUCUCAUACGCAAAGUCGUGCAGUAUUCAAAGUUGGAGGAAAGAAGCCAGCAGAAGAAGGCGAGACUCCUAGGCGUGUUGGUAGUGCUGUGGCUACGACAUCAACAACAUCAAGUUUCUUAAGUUCUUCAUCAGCAUCGUCCUCUUCGCGUAAACGAAGUGCUUCCGCUUCUAGUCGUCCUUCAUCUUCCAGUACUUCUGCAGGUGCAGCUUCCUCAACAUCAUCUAGUCGUCUACGAUUACGCCCUCCGGUUCCACCUUUUUCCUCCAGUACAACAAUUACUUCUGCCUCUAGUAGUUCCUCCUCAUCAUCUUCCACUUGCAGGAGGCCGCCAGUUGUGGGCUUAGAUCUUCAAGACGAUAAUCGGCAUGAUCCGGUGAUCGACCUUAGUGAUGUUGAUGAUUCAACAGACGGAGAUGCCUUCGGUGGAUGUGGAAUAAAACUUCUCUCACCACCACUUGCAACGUCGAGCAAAAUGACUGUCUACGACGAAAGCAAUUCCUACUACCACAAAGGAGACUACAAAUGGCUACCAGUAGUUGAGGUGAAAGAAUCCACUACUUCUAGCACCACAUCUGCUCACUCGACCACGUCGACCUCUAAUAGUUCGUGUGUAGUUCUUGACGGAGUUGUUAUCGUUGAAGAUGCGGCAGAUGCUGGUGGUGGACGAGGUGGGGCGGCAGGAGAAGGUGCCGGCGCGACUGCAUCUUCAUCAAACAAGACGAAAACCAAGCAGCAAAAGCUUGAGGAAAAAAUCUUAUCUAAUCCCAGUCGCCUCGCAGACCAGCUCUCGUACACUUCCGCAAAGGACUACCGCUGGAAGAAAAAGGAGCGGACUCAUAGACGCGAGAAAACACCUUGGACAACGCAUUGGAGUUCUAGCAUUGUGCGACUGAUUCCGAAGCAGGCUAGGAGGUUUCACGAAAGGAAAGCCUAUCGACGGCACAUGCUAUUGCGACUAGCUUUGGAAUGUGCACGGUAUUUCCAGCUCUACGAACAAGCACUGUACAGUGUGGUGAAGAGGGUAAAAACUGCGAGGCUAAUGCAUGGAGAUCUGGAUGAGGGCGACUGCGUGGUCUUUGGUAAUAAUAUGCAUGAUGUUGAUGGAGGAGGAAAUGCUAAAAAUCGUGGUCUUGACGCUACUCCUGCUACGGAACAAGGAAUUUUUAUGUACCUUGCCGGCGCUCCUGCAAGCAUCGAGGAGUCCAACAAGAUCAAGUACACCAAUGAACAUCUUGACAAUAUGCAGAAGAUGCCACUAGGCCUGACUCCUGGUAGACCGUUUAUUGCUGGAUACGGAAUCACUUAUCACGACGAGGACGACCCUCAGGUCUUUGAUCCUAGUUGCACGCCAGCAAACGAAGACGAAGAUGACGACGGAUUGAUGUCUUUCUCUCUGAAAGAGGACGUUGUAGUACCAGAAGUGCAAGUGGACAACUUUAACAACUCCUUCGGAGGUGCUGCUACACGUACACCAGGAGGAGCGUUUCCCCCUAUCAGCAGUGUUUACAAUUUUCAAACACCAGUUGUUGAUUAUGAUUACGAUUUCGCUAGUUGUACUACCCCGCCGAAUGCGAACAAUGGGAUAACACCAGCAUCUUUUUCUGCGUUCGGUGGUGGAGCGCCAACUCCAGGCUUCACCCCAGGAGGGUUCGACGAAGGAGCCGCGAUCAGACGUCGACAAGAACACCAGCAUCAACAACAAAGUCUCCAGACAAAAAUCGAUCAUGAUCGUGUCUGCAAGGUUGGCAGCAUGCUUUCUAGCAUUUUCCCUGGUGAAGAGGAUGGUGUCACCGAUGUUGAUCCCAAAAAAGCGCAAUUGCGAAGUCACAUCCUCCAACUGGGUCUUCACCUUGGUUUACCCCUUCACAGUUACGCCGACCAGAGUGGAGCAGGGCUUGGGCCUUUGAGUCUGCAAAACUGGCAGCCGCACUUCAAUCCAGACGUAAAACUCAUGCCGCACCAGUUAGAAGCGGUCUCUUGGCUCGCUAGUUGCCAUUUGCAUCAACAGAGCGCCAUGCUGUGCGACGAAAUGGGGUUGGGGAAAACGAUUUCUUGUCUAGCUUUUUUAGACUGGAUAGACCGCGAAAAAAUCGGCGAAACAACGCAUUUGGUCGUGUGUCCAGCUAGUGUGGUAGAAACAUGGAUUCGUGAAAUCAAGUUUCUGUACGGCUACAACGGGGCAGAAGAUGUCAACGAAGAUAACGAAGAUACUACAACCAGCGGCGUUCUCGGAGGGCAUCAACGAAAAUAUCAACCUAUCGGAACAGGAGAAAACAGUACAACAUCCUCGGUUAGUUCAAAGAAUGCCCUCAUUUCAUCAGCAGGAGGAACCAAGCCCAACUCUAAGAAAUCUGGCUCCUCCGCUCAGUAUUUGCAAGAGGAGAUCAGGAAGAUGGCUGACCAAUACGGCAUGCUCAAGCCUGGGAAACAUCUUGGUGAGGCGAAACUCAAAAUGCAGCAGCGUCAGACCGACAUGCUGCUUCAGGGCAGAGGGAAACAGAACAAGUUCCUUGACAGUUUGCUUGAGAAAGCGGGUCUUUUCAACACGAAAACUGGGAGUAGAGCGAAAUUGGAAGAGCUACGAAGAUCAGGUGGGAAAGCGCAAGCAGAUCGUGGUAAAAACGCGAAACAGUUUGCAGCUAAACUCGCUAAAGACGGCAAUAAGGAGUCAAAACGCGUAGGACGCGACACUGGUCUGUUUUUCCCUUUUGUCGGCGACGCGUCGCAGCGCUUCACGAUGCGCACUCUCCUUCGCCUCCGCCACUACCGCAUCUGGGUCACCACACCAGAGAUCUUGGCCUGUGAACUGGAAUUUUUCAAAUCUCAAACAUUUUCCGUUUGCAUCCUAGACGAAGCACACAGGUUGAAGAAUCCGAAGUCUGUGUAUCAUAGAAGCGUCAUGUCCUUGAACUACGAAAUGGGAGUUUUGGUGACUGGAACGCCAAUCACACAUAACAUGCGCGAUUUUUGGCAUGGAUUGGUCAGUAUCUUGUUUGGACGGAAAAGAGGAAGUGGAGUAGAUAUACUAGACCAACAUGGUGCAAACCACCCUGACAGCACGUCUCUGCGUCGUCGUUUUCCAGAGUUGCCGCCUCAAAUUCUGAAGCUCCUAGACCCGAAACGCGUACAGAACAAAAAAAGAGGCUCAUCCGUUGAAGAGCAAGAACUCCAGAUGAAAAUGGUGAAACUUCUGCUGAAACCAGUGAUGCUGAGACGCGAGAAGAAGGCAAUUCUUCAAAAUUUGCCGCCAAAACGUGAAAUUCUCAUAGAAGUACCAAGAAACUGCCUGCAAAGAGGGAAUGAGGAACGGCUGAUGGCAACAACUGGAAGCACGACUAGUACUGCGGCUCUAGUCCAACUGCGCAAAGCAGCUCAGCAUCCGGCUUUGAAUUGGGAUUUAGAUUUUGUGAACAGCAAGAUGACCGCUGACGAUCUUAUCAAAACAUCCCCCAAGCUGGAAAUGCUAGACCGCAUCCUUCCGAAGUUGAUCCUCUCAGGUCGCAGAGUCGUCAUCUUCACACAGUGGAAGCAGAUGCUGGAUAUCAUCGCGCGGUAUUUGCAGGCGAAACAAAUCGAUUUUUGUCAGAUUGAUGGGCAAGUUUCGACCGCAAAACGGCAAGAGGAACUGAAUAGAUUCAAUAAAGGCGCUGAAGAUGUUGAAAAUGGAAAUACAAAUACUACUAGUGGAGGUGGUGCCACAAGCAAAGCCACUACUUCUUCUACUGAUUCUACCUGUAUUUUCGAUCGCGAGCGCCGUCUUCGAGCGAAAUUGGCUGACUUCAAGCGCAGAUACGAAAGAAUAAAAGCUAAACAUGAAUGCAUCAUCAUGACGGACACGACACCCGACAAAGCUGUUGAAGCCACUGCGAAGCGACUGGAUCUAGUGGAGAAAUUAGCAGGAGGCGGACCUCAGCAUGGUUAUGGUGGUGCUGGGAACAACUUCAACUUACUGGACGAGGAAAGCCGUAUUGGUGACGAGUCUACAGCCAUUUUCGACGACGAUGACUCUUUCAUAGGUGGGCGCUUGAAUGAGUCUUCCCUCUUGGACAUAUCUUGCGUUUCUGCUGCAGGAAUAUUAGGCGGUGAGGUAAUUGAUGUUGAAGAACAAAAUGGUAGUGGUGACGCGAAUGGCGUAGCCGGUGUCAGAGCAGCAACUAGCACGACAACGACACUUCACAAUUCCAAGUCAUCUCACAGCACUUACACUACCACUAGAAACAUCAUCAAUAAAGCUUCUGCAACAUCAAACAUGACAACUUCUCGCAGACAACGCCGCCGCGCUCUUCGCGAUGAGCGUGAGCGUUUGAUGCUGAGCGACUCGCAGUUAGCCGCCAUGGUCGAGUCCAUGCCUGAUGCAGCUAAAAUCGAUCUUUCCUCCUUCCCAGAUGCCGAUUACUGGAAAGAUUAAGGCUUCAAGAAGUCCAUCAUAACCAAAAUGAUUUUGGACCCGUUCUUUAGUGCAAAAUGAUUUUGGACCCAACAACAUGUGUUCAUUGCACUAUCACUAAGAUAAAGAUGCUCUUGAAGUUCAAGAUGGAUUUUAGCUCUAAAAAUAGGCUUUGUCAAAAUGGCCUGGUUUUCCUAUACGCCGUACCCAAAACCUCUUCGAGGAGUACGACUUUUACAAACCUGCCAAAGACAGUUGGGAGGGGAGGAUGAGGAAAAAAUUGAUCAAGAUGGGAGUAGGUGGUGGAAGUCGGACGAGUGGGAGUGGAUUCAGCAGGAGUGGAUCUGGAGCAUUGGGAUUUUUUGGAGCAGGAGGAGCACGUCGAAGUGCAAGUGGAGUACUUCUAGAAGCAUCUUCUCUUUCGCGAAGAAGAUCUUCAUGGAACAGCAUUUCGUCUUCAGAGGAACACCAUCUAGUUUCAUGCUUAGCCGAUAAUUGUGGUCGUUUUCCGCCUUUUCCCAGGAGGCAGAGGGGUGAAGUUGUUUCUCCUGAAUGCAUGGCAGAGAAGCAUGAGAUGCGUUUAGAACGACGGAGGGAGAAGGUCAGACAAAGACACGAAGCAUAUCGAGCUGCACAUCCUGGAAGGCGACUGCGAACUCGAAGAAGAAAAGCGAACAUCUGCGGCAUUAAAGGUGUCACGCUGAAGACCAAAUUCGAGUUAAGGCCUGUGCCUGUGGGUGUCCUGAUUUUUUAAAUGUAAUAUUGUCAAGUUUUUUUCAUGCCGCAUUCGUCGAGAGUAGAGGAUGAGGAUUGUGAUUGAAGAGCAGAAGGAGAACAAUUAGUAGAAGUAGGAUCUUUAUCUUUAGUAGAGGGCUACUUUAACUUUCUACUUGUUUCUUUUUGCGAGUGAAAAGAAAAACACGCCAAAGAGAAAGAAGACGCCUUUGAAAUUGAUGAUCAUGAAUUUGUACGGUAGGCACGGGCAACUCGCACCUCUACUUCUAAUAUGAGGCAGAGCAGGCAGAAGAGUGGCAAAAGAAUGCAUGGCGCAAGUGCAUUUACAGAGAGCGAUGGAGAAUCCCGAGGCAGCGGAGUUACUCCCCUAUAUGAACCAAGCACAGCGAACGAAAUACGAGACAGAUUGCGCCAUCAGAGCAAACAGGGAUUUAAUCUUCAACCCUGACCGCAAAAGAAAGGGAGGCUACAGAGGACCCUUGCCGCUACAGGACGAUGACCAAGAUUCUGACUACAGCUUAGUCGUUAGUGGAAACACAACAACAAUAGCAAAUGGUGCACUCGUGCAAGUUCAUCAAGACAACAAGAUCAAGAAUGACAGUCACAACUUCUACUUCUCUGGUACUAACAGAAACCGAACAAACGGGAAGACCAACAUGGUAGCAGCAAGAAAAGCAGGAAUAUCAAUCAUAAACUCUCAGCACACGCAGAUAGAUGAAGAAAUGAAGCGAAAGCUUCUAGAGAGGCGCGACAAACUGGAUUCUCGUGGGUGGCGUCCAAGAAGUUCUCAAUGGAUACCAGAAAGUAUCCGCCGCGCAGCUAUUGACCGAACCUCUUCAGGCUUGUCUUCUACAACAACCCCGUGUGGAACUCCAUCAUUUUGCACACCCUAUCUGCCGACGUUGGACGAUAUCUGUGAAGACGAAGAAUUUUUGGAUCACAGUGGUACACCUCCACUUCUAGCGGGAACAGAUGAUCUAGUUGCACUUGCAGGAGCUGCCACUAGUACGCCACUGUCUGCUCGGUCACGAGGUGGAAGGAGUGCUUUAGUUUCUUCACGCGGUGGACGAGGUCGUCGAGAUCGGUUCCAGGAAGAUCCUCGAAGACCGUCUUCAAUGACGCAAGAGCAUCGUCUUUUCCAAUCUUUUGCGAGUGCGCAAGCGAAGAGUUUUUUCAAGAAGCAGGUGCUGUCGAACCUGACGAAACUGCAAACGCGUGUGUUACAGCUGAUCAUGGACAUCACAGGUGGCGUGGAAGAAGAAAUCGACAAACUAGUAGACACCCUACAAUUAAGGGUCGCUGGGACUGGAACUUGACCUUUCAUCUACUUAUAAUGAGCAUAAAUCUAUAAUGAACAAGUUUUCAAGUAGUUGUAGGAAAGACAAAGUCAUAGAUAAGUUUUCAAGUAGUUGUAGGAAAGACAAAGUCAUAGAUUAUAUCAUGUGAUCGAGAAAAAUAGUAGAUCGGAGGUCAACUUUCAACCCCUAAUACAAAAAGAACCAGAUUUAUGCAGAGCACUUCUGACGACGACGAGGCAAGAAGAGGAUCCCGAUGCAGACCUCCAACAGGAAGUAGGCGUCGACUCAGAGGACUUCACCUUGACUCCUGCCGCUCUCGAACAGAUGAAGUUGCAGUUUAAAGAGUUCAUCCGGGUCCAAAGAGAAAAGGAAAUUGCAAUAAAACGCAGUCCACGUGUCUUUUUACUCACGACUCGUGCUGGUGGGGUCGGUUUGAACCUGCAGACCGCAGAUACGGUUAUUUAUGGCAAUUCUUACUUUCUAAGUGUAAGAGUAAGUGGUAGUAGUUGUUGAGAUCUUCGUUCUUCGCAUUCUGGAAGAUAUACGACCUUAUUAAUUCGGAGUGAAUGUUGAGACGUAGAUUUUCAUUCUUUGCGGAUAGAAGGUCUUUUGUUUCAAAGCGAGGUGGGAACAGAUGUCAUCUUCAAGGAACAAGAUUUAUAGUCUUUUAAGAGAACAAGGGCUCGUGGGGAAACGCGAACAAGUGAAAGGACGUCAAGCUCGUGGUAGAUCUUUCUAGAUGCAAUUAGCAUGACGAGGGAUCACACCAGAAUGUGGCAGGUUUCCUUUGGUCAUGCCACAAUGUGGCACUGCUACGACUACUCCCACUACUACUUAGACUUACCUCCACCUCUAACCCCUCCUGUUCGACCAAGACACGAACCCCCAGAUGGAAUUGCAAGCGAUCGAUCGUGUGCACCGCAUCGGACAAAGGAAAGCCGUCUUAGUCAUCCGUUUGCAGCUUUGUAACGAUUGGUCAGAGCAGCACGUGCGCAGACACCAUGGAGCGAUCAAUGACAUGGCAAAUAAAGUCGGCGAUGCGGCUGUUGCCAAUAGUUGUAAACAACAAAAGCAAAAGGAAAUGAGCAUCCGAAGCGCCGAGAACGCAGGAGAUUUGUCACCGGUUCGCUUUAACAUGGUGGAGAGAACCAAUAUCAAGAAAUUUGCGGUGAAUAAGCGGGACUUAGUCUUAGAAGAUUUCGGGUUCGAUCACGAUGUGAGCAUGAUGGACCGCUCCAUGAUCGAAAUAGAAGACCUUGACCACGUCAACGAAAUGCAAAAGGCAUUCCUAGGCGAAGCGGAGAAAGAAGGUAAGAAAGGAGCCGUCGGAGCAGCGUCCUCCGCUACUGGGGGAAGUUGCACAAGGGAGCAGAUGGCGACCAAGAGCAAGGCCUCAUCCAAUAGCACUUCUUCGUCUUUUUCCAACACGACGAACAACAACUGCAACAAUCGUCUAGAACCACCCUUUGUUGAAUUCGAAGAGGACAUCAACGGUACUUCUUUUGAGGAAGUAAACAAGUUAUUGACCGUGAAUCCACGACAGCAAGAGGACUACACUGUAUGAUGCCACUCAUUGAGAAUCCAAGUUUCUAUAAGAGAAUGUCGUUCAUCCACCUAGAAAGAUAAGAAGAGGCCAAAGGAGGGCGGGAACGACAUUCCCCUAUUAUAGACAUUCUCAAUGAGUCGCGGAAGCAUUCAUACACAGCCUUCGAUCAAAUGUUACUACGAUCUCGGAAACUGGUGGUCCACGACUCGCGACAACUGGAGGCUGGCGAAGGCGAAGUCAUCGACGGCGAUGGCGUUCGAAUCAUGACACGUGGAGAACUUGUUUAUGAAUGCUCUGUAGUAGUACGACCUGUACGUCGUACACCUGUAUUACACUUCUUUAUUAAUGCUCUGUAGUAGUACGACCUGUACGUCGUGCACCUGUAGUACCUGUAAAUGUAAUCGAUACAACUACUUUUAGUUUUAGUUGUUAUUUACCUCUAGUUUUAGUCUUGGUUUAUUUUGUUUCUUCUCCCCGAAAGCGAAACCCUGAGACGCAGACGAUCAUGAUGAUCGGGUUCAAUGAAUUUAGAUCGGGUCUGAAGUAGAAAUACAGCAAGGCCCGACUACAUGAUCAUUAAAAGUUCAUGACCCUCGCACCUCCUUCAUAGAGUUCGUGCGGGCAUUGUGGAGCGGACAAAACGAGAAGAUGCCUCAGAUGGAGACGACAAAAAACAAGCCAAGAAAGCUGUUGCAGCAGUUGCACCACAGGGAAAAACAAAGAAAAGACGACGCGGAUUAGCUCCGGAGCCGGUCAGUAUUGAGAAUGGCAAAGCAAGCAAUUACUCUGCGGCUUCCAGAAGUGGGGUCGGUGCAGGUGCAGUUCAGGCUGUUGGGCCACAAACUAAGCGACAGCGUUUACUCCCUAAUAACACGAACAACAGUAGACCGAUUCCGAAACCACUAGCGGCGCGAGCAGACACAACAGGAGAUGAAGCCGUAGAAGAUGAUGACGAGGUGAUCGUAGUACGGACUGCUGAUAUUAUUGUGCAACAAAACCCGACUGCAAGUAGUGACGGAUGCGCUGCUAUUGAGGCAGAUGAAACAGAACAUUAAGGCCUCUAUCGAAGAUAGAAAUCAAAAUACAUUUUCCCAGUGUUUUCACUGCAUUAGCAUUGGUUCACUUCCUCAGUUUUCUUCUAUCAUGGAAGUAAAGGUAUAAAAGUGGUAAAGGUAUGAAUGAUGUUGAAUCAGAACAUUAAGGCUCCUAUCGAAGAUAGAAAUCAAAAUACACUUUCCCAGUGUUUUCACUGCAUUAGCAUUGGUUCACUUCCUCAGUUUUCUUCUAUCAUGAAUGUAUGAAAUUGAGAAUCAGUAUCCAUAUGUCCUGAGACGAGUCGCAACGAGUUGUCUGACUAUGUCGUUCUUAGGUCUGGAAAAUGAAUUUCUACUCUACUUGCUCUACCUCUAAAAAGAACAGAUCGAUGAGGAUCCUUUCUGGGACUCCGAAGACUGGUCUGAAAGCUGCUCUCUCUCUUUCUCAUCCGAUUUUGAGCCAGAGGAAACUGUGGGAACCGUGCUGAACCGUCAUCAGAAGUUUGCCGUCAAUUAUACUACUGUGAAGAACCACAAGCAUGAACAAGUCGACAUGGAUGUUGAUGUAAGCGCAAUGGGAACGGGUCUCCAAGAUCAAGAGGAUGAUUUACUCGCUCCUGAGGAUGAUGAGAAUCUAUCUUCUUCCCUUCGUAUAAAGGAGAAAAGCGACACAAAGCAGGUUGCUUCGAGCUCAAUUAGAGUUGGUGCCAUUACCUCUUCUUGUUCAACCUCAAGUAGUACAACACACCAGAUUUUUAUACAGAUUCCCGGAACAGCAGCUAAGCCCUUCUUGGUCAAGAAAAAAACUCGUAUGGAACGGCGUCAGGACUAUUGGAAAGCGAAAGCUGAAUUUCGCAAGCGGCAAAGCGAAGAAGUCGCCAGACUUGAGGCGGAACUUCAAGCAGAGGAUGGAUCUAGACCGGCUACACCAGUCGAGAUGACUUCUUCUUCUAGCAGUUCUUCAUCUACUACUACGCCUGCUUCUGCCACUGCCAAUACUACCACGACGCCUCCGCUUCACGACCAAUUAUUAAGCAGUCGAGAACUUGUAGGCACGUUGCUACAGGCUCGAGGACGUAUGAUCACGCGUGUAGAAGGGGAACAUUGGCUAAAGCGACACGCAGAAUUCUUGCGGAAAAGAAAAAAUCGUGGAGGAGGGCAAAGAAAAGAAGCGAGCGUUUGGACUCGUACAACCGCUGCGUCCUCUAUUGGCAAUCAUGAGGAACAAGAUAGUAGUGCUUCAAAAACUACAACUAGUACUACAAGAAACAGAAAGAGAACUUGUUCUAAAAAUACAACUGGCACUACUCCUUCUAGACCUAGUAAUCAUACUCCUACUUGUUGUAGUACUCGUACUUCUACUUCUUCUAGCACGUUGGCUCUUGUGGCUGAGAAAAAUGGAAACAAGGGAAAGCAGGGAGCGUCCUCAUCACGCACAACAAAGGGAAGAAAUAACGUUAAAGAUGGUAAGAAUGACAAGGAAGAUGGCAAACAAGCUGACAAUGCCGUCCUUGAGGAAUUUUUUGGAGAAGUACUAGUCCUUGACUAAAUCGAAAGGCUUCUUUGUUCCACCUGAUCUUCUAUAUGUCAUGGCUUUGACUAAAGAUCGUCGAAUAUUGAAGAUCCACACAGCUAUGCUUUUGCGUUACUCGUCGUAUCCGAGGAAGUCAAUGCAGAGCAUCACAGAGAUCAUCACAAUUUCGACAAGAACUUCUACUUAGGCGACACCUCAAGAUGAAUUCGAAGCAGAAAACUAGCUCGACCAGGAUUGUUCGCAAUGGUGGUUGCAUAGAUAAUUUGAGCAUAUUGAGGCUUAAAUAAUGAUUUUUUGAUGUCCCUUUGAUGGAAAGAACUACAUUUUUACAACUACAUCGUCUUUUACUUUUUGCUUCAAUCAACAUCUUGGUCUAUUAUAGUCAAAUCGUGUGUGUGUUUACAAAAUAAAUAGUGAUUAUACAUAGUGAUUUCAUAUGAUAGAUAAUUGCGUGUCUCUCUCUGUUGUCCGUCGUCUCCAAGCAGGACAAGGUAGGACACAUAGUAGGAAGAUUUGAAUGUCUCCUGUAAUUUUACGCCAACAGUCGCUUGAUCUUCAUCUUCAUGAAAAAAUUUGUAUAUUCGAAGAAAGUAGCUGCAACGUCGAAAGAUGAAACUACAAAUUCAGAUUGUCGUUUUUUGAUUGGAGACAGAGCAAUGAUUUCUAGUCUUUCGAAGUUAUCGGACGAGAAUAAUUUUCUAAGUAUCAUCCAUUUCCAUGUAUUUUCAAGGGUGAUCUCGUAGUGGGAUGAUAGAGAUAUGAAUUCAACAAGCAGAGGGUUGUAGGUUACUGAAGUAGUUAAAAUUGCUUAUUUUGCGAAGAGUAAAAAUGUACUAGAUCAUUCUUAUGCUAGUGCCAGUUUGUGUUUGGUUUUCUUCAACGAGGAAUGACCGAACUACGACUAGACCAGAAGGGCAAACAGAAUAACGUGAUUCACAGGACAUCUACAUGUACAUAUGAUCAGAAAUUUUUGCUAAUUUCCAUUAGGUUGAGAUUUGGACUUCGAAAGAUGAAAAAUGAAGAUAGUAAGUUAUGGUGUUGAACUUGGAGGACAAACUCCACGAGGCCGGAUGGCCCGUUUCGACAAAAAAGAAGCUGAACGGCGAAGGAGGACAAGAGGCAAUUGAUGAGAUGG